AUCAUUGUGAUGUCGUCAUUACGCGUAAACAGCGGCCAUCUUGAAACUGCUCAAACAUAUGGUUCACUUUUCUAAACCAUUCCAAUGCUGAAAAUUCUUUUUAGGCAUCUUGUUUAUGCCUGAAUAUUUCUGAAGGUGCCAUGAAUCCAAACCAAGGACAAACGGGCCAAAAUCCUACGCAGUACGCCCAACACUAUGCAGGUUACAUGGCGACUGCGGCACAAAAUAAUUAUUAUGCGGCAUCUGGUUAUCCUGGCUACUCAGGAUAUGCAAGUUAUCCAUAUUAUGGAAUGACAGCAAUACCCUCUCAAGUACCACCCAUGCCUGCUAUCCCAGCACCAAAUAGUCAGAUUUUGCCUGGUCAACAAGACUUUGCCAAACAAUAUGAAGAAUGGAAGAAGCAAUAUGACCUAUGGUUAGAGCAGACAAAAAACCAUCCAGAUCAGCAACAGGUUCAGCAAUGGCAGCAACAAAUGCAACAAUGGGAACAGCAAAUGGCACAAAUGUUUCCACAGCGAACCUCAAAUGUACCAUCUAGCCAAACAAUGUUUUCACCUCAAAGUGUCAACUCAGCUCCUCCGGUUGCCUCAGUGGCAAGUAUCAACUCUUGGUCAGCUGCUGCUCCUACGGUCAAUCCCACACCACCUGUUAAUAUGACCGCAUCAUCUUAUCACACACAGUCAAAUUAUCUUGGCUCUACCGGCCAACUGUAUGGUCAACAAGGUUUUCAGAUGCAAACUCAGAAUCAAAAUCAAGUCCAACCACAACAGGGAAUGCAAAAUACUGUAACAAAUGUACAGCAAUCAUCUAGUAAUCAAAAUAAAUUUGUUCCAAGUCAUCCACCAUUACCAAGUCAUCAAUCCUCACAAUAUAACACUACAUCCAAUGCACAAAGCUUUUCAGAAAAUCCUAGCAAUGUAUCAUGGCAACAAAGUAACAAGCUACCAUAUGGUCAAAACCAACCCAAUUCUGGGCCACCAUCACAACCGCCAGCAACUAGCUUUUCAUCGCAGGCUUCCAAUUCCCAACAUCAGGCUUAUGAACAGUCACCAUCCCUUAUGCCUAGGCAGGCUUCAUCAUUUCAGGCCACAACGUCAGGCUUCCAUGCAAAAAGCCCUCAUGUAGGUGAACCACCACAGAAUUUGAAUUCUUGGCAACGAGGCCCUUCGCCCCAAGUUAGACCUCCUUCACUAAGAGGACCAUCAUCAAGUAUUCCUGGAGGGCUUGCAUCAAGCAGGCCUGCAGGUUAUGCUCUUGAUGUUGUCAGGGUAAACAAUGAGCCAAGAGGUCAUCCUCCAUUUCCAGACCAGUUCCAAGGAUCAAGAUUCAGUGGAAGUAGACCUCAAGGGCAAUACAACAAUGUCAGGGCAGGUAAUCAACAAACCUUAAAUCGAAUGCCGCUACCAGCUCAGAAUUCAGGACCAAGAAUGCAAUUACCGUCAUCUGUUAGGCAACCAAAUAAGCAAGGUCAUCAAUCGUUGAUGAGUCUUAAUCCUAGAACACCUCAAGUGCAUUUGGAUAGAACAAGGCUUGGUGUACCAAGUUCCCAACAUAAGCAAUCUACACACUUCAAUGAGCAAGCUCAACAGUCCAGGCAGUCUAUACAACCAGGAAAUGUAUCAAAUGAGCGACAAGAUCCAAGGCCAAUGAAUCAGGAAGCGAAUACUGAGAAGGAAAACAUUUCACAUUUCAGUGAACAUUCAACUAUACCACAUGUUCCGAGUAAUGAAGGUGAGCCAAGACCAAGAGGUCACCUCAGUUCUUAUGGUCCUAGAAGUGACUUUAAUCACCAAUAUCCAAGAGAGCAACAACAGCAAUUGACUCCACAAGGACACAUUCAACAAUUUCGAACUCCAUCACCUCAACCUGCAAAGCAUGGACAGUAUAGAUAUCCUGUAGCUAAAGUCACCCCACCUGCUUUUCAAGAGCACAGGAUGCUCUGGCCUCGAGUUCCCCAACCACAGCAAGGACAGGAAAUGGGACAACAAAAGGGAUUUUCUAGCCACCAGGGGCAAAGCUUAGGAGCACCAAGAGGUGCAACCAGUCCACAUAUUGAAAGGAUGGCCCAGUUAAGGGAACCACUUGGACAAGGGCAACAAAUUUCCCAGCCAAAUAAAGCAACUGGAAUAAGAGAACCUCACAUGUUGCAAGGAGGGAACAUGAGGCUGCCUGGUCCUAGAGCAGGGCAACCUCAAGGACUAGCUGGCCAAAGAAUGGAUCAACCUAGAGGACCACCUGGCCAAAGAAUGGAUCAACCAAUAGGACUCCAAAGAUCUGAAAUAGAUCAGCCAAGAGGAACCCCAGGACCAAAAACUGAUCAGCCUAGAGGCCCCCCUGCACAAAGAAUGGAUCAACCUAGAGGACCCUUAGUGCAAAGAUUGCAUCAAGCAAUGGGACCUUCUGGACAAAGAAUGGAUUCACCUAGUGGACCCCCAGCACCAAGAUUGCAUCAACUGAGGAGCUCCCCUGGCCACAGAAUGAAUCAACCUAGAGGACCCUCUAGCCAAAGAAUGGAUCAACCACGAGGAUCACCUGCACAAAGAAUGGUUCAACCACAAAGAAUGCUUGCACCAAGGUUGAAUCAGACCAGAGGACCCUUUCUACAAAGAAUGGAUCAACCAAGAGGACCCCUGGACAAAGAUUUUCUCAACCAAGGGGACCUCAAGGACUAAGAGUAGAUCAACCAAGGGGACCCCAAGGACCAAGAUUAGAUCAACCAAGAGGACCGCCUGGACAAAGAAUGGAUCAGCCAAGAGGACCUCCUGCACAAAAAUUGAAUCAGCCAAGAGGUUCCCCUGGCCAAAGAAUGGAUCAGCCUAGGGGACCCUCUAGUCAAAGAAUGGAUCAACCAAGAAUGGAUCAACCAAGAGGACCCCCUGGUCAAAGAAUGAAUCACGCAGGAGAAACCUUUGGCCAAAGAAUGGUUCAACCAAGAGGACCCUCUGGUGAAAGAAUGGAUCAACCAAGAGGGCCACCUGCACAAAGAAUGAAUCAAGCAGAAGAAACCCCUGGCCAAAGAAUGGUUCAACCAAGAGGACCCUCUGGUCAAAGAAUGGAUCAACCAAGAGGACCCUCCGGUCAAAGAAUGGAUCAACCAAGAGGACCCUCUGGUCAAAGAAUGGAUCAACCAAGAGGACCCUCUGAUCGAA